AUGGCCUCAUCCUCCAUCUCCCAGCUCUCUGCCUCUGUCACCCGCAUUCUUUCCUUGACUGGCUUUCCUAAAGAGCUGAAGACGCGGGACAUCCAGUCUGCGUUCUCCGAAUAUGAGAACGCCAGCGGCGGUUUCAAGAUAAAGUGGAUAGACGAUACCAGUCUCCUUGUGGUGUUUGCUGAUGCCGCAGUUGCUAAGCGCGCAUACCUCUCCACACUCGCCAAUCCACCUGCUAUCUUCUCAAACUCGGAGUCUAUCGCCGUUGUUCGUCCCUACGACGGACCAGAUGCGCAGACGAUUAUUCAAAAUGUAAACUCGCGCGGCAACGGCGCAGGCCGAGGUCACAAUGCUCGUGCAUCUUCUGUUGCCAUCCCUGGCCAACAGCGUACUCGCAAUGGAUCCACCAACGGAAACGCCAACGGAAACCACAACGGUGGCAUGCCCGCCAUGCUCAACGGCAGCGUCAGUAUCCCUAAUGGGGACGCCAACAGCCUCGCUCAAAUGGCCGGUCCGACCUCACCCAUCGGCCGUGAAGGCUCUCCGACUCUACCUACCCUACCAUCUCACCCAACUCUCGAUUCGUUGAUCAACUUAACCAUGGGAGACGGAGCACCUCCCUCGGAUCCUGCUAUCCUCGCGUCAAGCCUUCAACCAAACGGAACCGGACCAAGGAUUGGCGACCCGGGCAAACGCAUGCUUGGGGCCGCGUUGGGUGUGCGGCACCCUGGCCUACCCCCGCGAGCGGUCAGCGGUCAGGACCACCCAUCACAGGGGAUGGAGAAGAUGCACAGGGCGAUGGGUGGGCUCACGGUCGCAGAGUGA